GUUUAACAUGUUUUAUUUCUACAGCAUGAACUUAAAUUGAUGUCUUCAGCUCUUGAAUCCCAGCUGAAAAUCCUCCAACACGUACAGAGCAAGCAAGAACAGAAGAAAACAGACAUCCAAAAUGAAACCCAAGUCCUGAAACAAUACAUUUCCUCUGAGUUUGCUAAAAUGUACAAGUUCCUCCAUGAAAAAGAAGAAUAUCUGAUUCAGCAGCUGAGAAAUGAAGAAGCUGAGAUCCUUAAGGAUGUGGAGUUCAGCCUGGCAAAAGUACAGGAGAAGGCCGGCGCCAUCCAGAAGGAGAUUGCUGAAAUUCAGUCACUGCUGCAACAACACGGAGUGGAUGACAUUGCUCUGCUUAAGGCUACAAGAAACCUCAUUAGAAAAAAUCAAAUAGAAAUGCAAGAGGAUAUUGAUUUUAAAGGACAUAUUACAUCUCGUAACCAGAGAUUGGGGGUGUUUCGAGGCCCACUGCAGUACAGUGUUUGGAAAGAAAUGAAAUCGAUCAUCAGCCCAGCCCCAGCUCUGUUGUUACUGGACCCUGAAACUGCUUGCAGAAAUCUCAUUCUUUCUGCAGACUUGACUAGCGCAAGAUACUGUUUCCCACCACAAACAUAUUCUUAUAGUCCAAAGAGAUUCAUGUCCCUGCUAGCUGUCUUGGGAGCAGAACGUGUCCACUCUGGAAGGCACUACUGGGAAGUUGUGGUGGAGGACAAGACUGAAUGGUAUGUUGGAGUAGCAUUGGAGUCUGUUCAAAGGCAAGGUGUAACAGGAUUGAAACUGGACGAGGGAUUAUGGACAUUGUACCACCAGAAACCUAACUUGUACAAAGCCUUUGAUUCACCCCCUGUAGUUCUCAGUCUGAAGAAGAAACCCCAGAAGAUUGGGGUGUAUGUGGAUUAUGAGGGAGGCCAGGUGUCCUUCUAUGAUGCACGUGACAUGUCACACCUGUACACCUACACUGAUACCUUCACUGAUGUGCUACGCUUGUACUUAAACCCCUGUGAUAAUGAAUUUGAAUGCAACCUUGGACCCCUGAAGUUAUUUCAUUUAAAGCUGUAGCAGCAGCCAGUGUUAAAAGUGUAAAUAUUGUUUUUGAUGGAUGGAUAAAUGUAAUUUUUACUUCCUGUACUUCACCCGCUUAAACUUGAUGUACAGUUUGUGACUAAAAUGAAAUAACUUGUUUUAGCAGAAAUUUUUUUUUUUAUUUAACUGCUUGUGUUUCUUUAAUCAUUGUAAUGUAUCCAAUAAUGCAUUAUAGGAAAAUGGAAUUAUGCAUUUUCUAUUUCUACAGUCCUUAGGCUUCAGUUAAAGUUUCCUGACUAAAAUGUUUUUAAGUUAAACAAUACAACCAACUUUAUUUUGCCCAUGGCUAGGCUGGAUGAUAGCUGAUGCAGCAGUCCGUUUAGUAAUUCCAAGAGUAGCAUCAAGUGACAUGGCGGUUGCUGUAUAUAGAAAACUGAGUAUAUUUUGUGAUAUGUACAGUGGAUAUAAAAAGUGUACACACCCCUGUUACAAUGCCAGGUUUUUGUGAUAUAAAAAAAUGAGACCA